UGGGCACAGUCGGGGACGUCCUGCCGCGCCUCCUCCUCACCCGAGACCGGUGCCCGCGGGGGAUCCCGAGCUCCGUCACCAUGAUCGGCACUCAGCUGGAUGGAGACCUUCUGAAGCCACAGUUCAUGGAGCAGCUGAACUAUCUGAGAGAUAAAAGUAAAUCAUUGCCGGAGAAAGAAAAAUGUGACCAGUUGGCCGCCUGUCUGCUCAUAUCCUCCAAGUUCAGCAGCCACAAGAAGCCUCCUGGAGCAGCAGACAGAACUCCACAAAGACCCAAGACGGCCAUGGCUUCUCUUGGAGGAAACAUAUGGGAUCCUUAUGAGACAACUAUGAAUAGAGACUACCCUCAUAACGUGUCUUCUCCACCAGUGGCCGUACGACCCAAGACAUCUAAAAGCUACAGCAACCCUUACUAUCUGUGUGACCCUGUUGGGAUCAGCAUGUACAGCGAUGAGUUUAGCUGGAAACCAUAUUCCAAGCCAGAGCCUAUCAGAGCGGCAACAGCAUCAGGAGCCAGAAACAACAGACCUCACCCUGACAAGACUUUUUCUACCUGGAAGUUACCGCAUGAAGAGAAGACGAUCUCCCAGGACAGCUAUUCUCCGUGGAUUAAGCCUCCGACUAUCGAAGAGGUACAAAGAGCAAUGAGGUCCCAAUAUCUCUCCACGUAUAAAGGGGACUAUCUAGGAACGCCACAAGGUUAUCAGGUGAAAUAUGCAAUUGAUUUGUCUCCAAACUGGAGGAAAGAUGUUCCGCAGCCUCUGGCCACGGAGUCAAGGUUCAAUUAUCAAGUCCAGCCUCAUUGUCCUAAACUGGACGAUUUCACUCACAAGUAUGGAUGUUAUGCAAAUCGACAUCUUUCGGCUAAAGGAGUUGUUCCUUCGGUGACAUAUUCUCACAUCCGAAACCAAGAAAAUAAGAAGCAGCUGACCACAUACCAGAGACAUUUCGGAAGAAGCUUGCUUGACCUUUCAGCACUUGCACAUUCAUUGAGUCCGGAGGAAGUGGCGAGCUAUCUGCCGAAUGUCCCUAAUGAAGAAAGAAGAGCACUGGAAAAGCUGCUGAAAACCCUCCACGGAGGUGACCAUCAACAUAUGGAGUCAACUCGGACCAAGUUAAAUGGUCGCUAGUGAGACGAUAGGAGCCGACAACCCUGAUUUUGCUGCUGACAAUUUCCGUACAUGCUGUGAAGUAAAUGGAUGCUGUGUUAAAAGGGGUUGUCUCAAGACAGACUGAUCAUAUAUGGUUAGGGUAUGCCAUCAAUGUCUGUUGGUGGGGGUCUUAGUUCUCUGCUCUUGCUAACCACGACAAUGAAGUGGUGGUGGUGCUAGCCCCAUGCCACAUUUUCUUCUGUCAGCUUUGCUUGGUUUUUCCUGGAUGUCGCAUGGUCGCCCAUUGACUAUUAUGAGCCAUCAUGCAACCUCCAGAGAAAGCUGAGAAGAGCCAACAGCAGAUGAAGUGGUCACCAUGUUUCUAGAGUUCGAUUGGCAGCGGUAACAACCAUCAGACCCACCAAUCAGAAAGUCCUGGCAUAAGCUAGCAGUAUCACAGCGAUGUUUGUCCUGAACCGACCCCUUAAAAAAAAAAAUUACAAAAAAUCCUCCAAUAUCAGAAAUCACUUGUAAGUUCUCCUGUUUAGCGUUUUCUUGUUUCUAAGAAAGCUGGGUGCGAACAACAUAUCUACCUGUACCACUCACUUAUUUCUGAAUCUCUUAUCUAGCUAGUUAUGCAGUGACAUAGGGGGUCAUUAACUAUCUGAUAUACGCUAGUUUCUGGCGUAUAUCUGUCGCAGGUUGCAGUGCAAAGGUUAUUUGCGAUGCAAUCUGCAACUUUUCCUCUCUCAUGUAAGGUCUAAAAAGGGGGACGUGGCGUGGUUGGGGAAGGGCCGUCUCAUUUAUCAUUUUUUUUACGCCUGUUUUAGGUGUAGAAAACGGUCUAAAUUUAAGCCAGCAAGGAAGCUGUCUUACAUUUAUACCGGUGGAUGAGGUGAAGUUAUGUAGAGGCCCCAAUCCCAGCGCAUGGGAUUAUGAAGACCGGCGUCUAAAACACCGGUUUUAAUAAAUGACCCCCAUAUUCUCUGCUCCUGGUAAUG